UCUGCUCCAUUUCCCACCCCUUUCCCUCCCUUCCUCCGAUCACCACGCUCUCCAUUCCCUCUGCUCCCUCUCAAUUCCAAGCACUUGUCCAGCCUUAAGCCAAGAUGAACAGCGCAGCAGAGACAGACGCCGGCGGCGACAACGGCAACCCGGGCGCCGCGGUGCUGGUGGUGGAGCGCGUGGUGACGGUGGAGUACCUGGAGCAGUCCAUGUCGCGGGGCCUCCUCGGCAAGUUCCCCGACUCCUCCGCCUACGACUUCGACUACUGCCAGAGCGGCAUCUGGUCCCCGGUCAACAAGAUCCCCAGCGAGUCGCCGGCCUCCGGCUCCAGAGACUUCCUCAUCGCCAAGCUGAAGCGCCGGGCGCGGGCCGGGAGCAGGCUCAAGGACGCUGCCGUCGGAGGCGGCAGCAGGUCGAGGUGGCGGCGCCGGCGGCUGCGGCGGGACGGCUCUUUCCUCGACCUCCACGACACCGGCAGGGCGAAGCUGGACUUAUCGCCGCCGCUGCCGUCGCCUGCCCCCACCAAGGAGGGGUGGAGGAGGGUGCUCACGGCGGCCAUCAGGAAGUUCAAGGCGCGCCACCGCCGCUCCCGGCCGGCUCCCCUGCUCCAGAUGAUGCUGCCAAUGCUCUGAAGUCUGAAUCCGCCGACCGAUCGAUCGAUCGCGCCCGCGACUUCUUGUUCUUCUCUUUGAUUAUUGGUGAGUUCGAGCGUGUUGUACAACAGAUUAGAUGGUCAGAUCGAUGGUUUGUAAGUUGCCUGUCAUGUACUGUAACUAUCACCAGUUAAGUUUCUCCAUUCAGUUUA